AUGAGUCGUAAAGCUCAACAAUCUGAGUUCGGCAAUGGACAUAUUGAAUCGAACCAAGAUAAUUCUCAGCGAAUUCAAAGUGAAAGUAUGUCUCCAUCUUUUGCAAAUAGUAAUCCAACUAUUCCUCCCAAUAAGGGUGGAAAGCGAUACAAUAUGAACGAAGUAUUUCAAGUUUGGUUUGAAAAUAAAGACCAAAUAUUGGGCUCAAACGCAGAGUUACCGGUACAACAUAAUGAGAACUAUAAGUUGAGCACGCCAGGACAGAUUUACCAUUUAGAUUUACAACCGUCUGGUCCUACUAGUGGUGGUCAGGCAAACUAUAAUGGAUCUACGUCUGAAUUAAUUGAGCCGUUAGAAAAUUUGUCGACUACAGACGAAAUGGAUUUUGCAUCGCAAAUGAAGUCGCAGGGCCCACCUCCCGGCAUGAAUCAUCCUAAAUAUGACCCUCAGCCUGAUUAUGAACAAUCCUCAGGCCAACCGCAACUUACCAUUUUGACUCCUGAUAAGAUUGAAUGGUUUUAUGUUGAUCCAAGUGGAAAUGAGCAAGGCCCAUUCAAUGGUGAUAUGAUGCAAGAAUGGUUAACUGAUGGCUAUUUAAAUCUUGAUUUGAAAAUUAGAAGGAAAGAAGAGAGGAAUUACCAGACCUUAAAGGAAUUAUGUGAUAAGGUUCAAAACUACAUUCAACCAUUUAAAGUGCCUCUUCCUGAUUUAUCGAAUGUCGGAUCUAACGAUGAUCAAGCAUCGUUUUCGGCGUCUGCAAUGCACCCAUCUCUGUCUCAGUUUCAUCAAUUUUUGUCAAGUGGACCUGGCAAUCUUGGCGUAGGCAAUAUGAGAUUAAAUACUUCAAUUAAUCCGCAAAGCAAUUUGUUUGGAAAUGACUUUAUGAAUCAUCACAAUGACCCUUUUUCAAGUCCUUUAACUCCACUGGCAACUAAUGCCUUCUCAAAUUCAAAUCAAUUCGGUAUUGAUCCGAUGAAUUCGGGUAUUGGGUUCAAUCAUUCUCAACCUUUGAGCAACCCAUUACAACACAUCAAUAACAUGCCUUCAUUAUUACUGCAACAAAACCCAGUAUUAUCUGGCGGCAAUAGUGGUUGGGGAAUUGAUCAUCAAAAGCGUAUGGGAAGCACUCCAGGUACUCCGGUAUCGGUUGCUCCUGUACUUCCUUCGCAGAUGUCUCAAGCACCUAUGUCCCCAUGGUUAUCUGGAGUUCAAUCUCUGUCUCGUGUUAAUUCUCCGUUUGUUCCUUCGUCAGCUUUAGCCGGAAGUGAAAAGCAAGGUGGCAGUGAACAACCAUCCCCAAAUCAAGAUCCAAGCAACCAGCAUGAUCCAGUUUUAGAUGGUAUUCAUACAUCCGUCGUAACAGACAUUUUGAACGAUGGCGAAGAGGAUUUGGCUGAACCUGUAGUUGAACAGCCAAAAUUAAAACAAAAACAACAAAAACAACAAAAACAACAGAAUACGACUUUAAUACAAGAAGACAAGAAGAAUGAUGAAAAUAAGGCACCAUAUCAAUCUCAACCAGAAACUCAACAGGCUCCCGAAUCGAAAGCUGGCGUCGGCUCAUCAACGAUGCGUGUUGAGUCUCUUGUACAAGAGGAUAAUGAACCAAAAUCUACAAAUGCUCAACCAAAACUUGCUCCUUGGGCAUCGGUCACUUCUACUAAUCAAGAUUCUAACACCAAGCCUGCAUUAACUUUAAAGGAGAUUCAAACGUUUGAAGCAGAAAAGGUUAAAGAACAAAAACAAAUAGAAGCCGCUAUCAAAAGUGAACAACUUGCCAAAGCAAAACUUGAAGAAAGAGUCGUUGAAGAAAAACCAAGUCUCCCGAAGACUUCAAACUGGGGUAUUAAUGCUAAUUCUAAGCCAGUUGUGACAAAGAAAACUUUGGCUGAAAUCCAAAGGGAAGAAUUCGAGGCUGCCAAAGCCAAGGCUAAGGUUACCAAUGUCUCACCUGUUGUGUCCGCAGCACCUAAGUCCUCCUUUGCUACCGCAUUAGCCAAUUCGGUUCCUAAGGAUGACAGUCCUUGGACUGUAGUAACUCCUAAAAAACCGCUUGUUAAAAAACCAUCUCAACCAACAAUCCCAACGACCACUACGCCUGCUUCAAAAGCAAAUCCACAAUUAUUGCGUUCCGUAUCUGCUAUAAAGCCUACCAAAUCAACAGCAAACAAUAUGGCGUUGAAAGAGGAGUUCCUAAUCUGGGCUAGAUCCUCCAUGACAAAUUUAUAUCCUACAGUUUCGAAAGACGACUUAUUAGACAUUUUCACUACUUUACCUCUGAACAAUGAUUCUUCACAAUUAAUUUCAGAAACUAUAUAUAGCUCAUCCGCUACAAUGGAUGGAAGAAGGUUUGCUCAAGAAUUCUUAAAGAGAAGACAAAAGGUAGAACAACAAAUUGGAGCUCAAGACGAAGUAUCCUGGGGUUCUGCUAUUAUAUCUAGUGCUGAUAAGGUUUCAACUAUCGAUGAAGAAGGAUGGAGUACUAGUGUCAAAUCUAAGAAGAAAGGCAAGAAAUUCUAA